GGAGCCUGCUGCUUUAAAACUGUCUUCAGCUGUCCUCUGAAUAACAGAGCAGCGACUGAGAGAUCAGGAUUUCUCAGAGUGUUCUUCAAGCUGUUGGGCCCGUCUCUCCUCUUGGAUAACGAUGCCGAUGACCGAGACAGACGGCUUCAGGCUGCCCUUCCGCCCCUUCAGGAGGGGCCCUAGAGGGCAGGACCGUCCGGCCGGAGCCAACGCCGUCUCCGCUACUGAUGGACGCCACUCACCCGGCGAGGAGCAGCCCCACCACCACGUGAUCCCCCUCACAUUUGAGCAGAAUCUUGCGGCACAGCGCUUGAGUGAGGCCAGCCAGCAUUUGAUAGAGAGAGAGGAGCGUCUGUUUGGGGAGAUAAACGAAGCAGCGUCACUUACACAUCACGAGAAAGAAGUAAAUAAGCUUGCUGCAGACCACAAAGCCCUAGAAGGCCUUGUACUGCAGACUCUGAGGCUAUCUCUCAGCCCGGGAGAAGUCAGCUCGGAAGCUCUGACUUCUGCUGUGAAGGCAGUGAAGCAGGAGGAGGACCAGGACCAGAAAUGGGCACAGAGGAAUCAGACACUUCCGGCAUGGAGGCCCAGCGGCUGGAAGAAACUUCACGACUCGUCACUUCGCAGCUUGGUCGAAGAGCGAAUGGACACCCCUGCGAUUCCCCCUGCAGACCAUGUGAACCAGUCUACUGUCCAGGUGGAUGUCAACAGCAUGGGCAGGCGGCUGAAGGAGGACUUGCUCUCUGUGGUUGGAGUGGUGAAAAGCUGCUACCCUUUCGAGAUGGACAUCUGUAAUUUUUACGCCGGGUUGUACCAUCAAACCUUCAGCACCAGACUCAGACAGAUCACAGACUUUGGUCUGGGGGACAAGGACUGCAUUUUCCUCCUGCGCUGGGUCAACGAGUACUAUCCACUAAUCCUUCAAAAGCGGGAGCUGGUCAAUGAGAUCAAUAUUGAAGCAUUGGGAAAGCUGCUGCCUAAAGAGUUAUUGAAACCUCUGGAGGAUCAAUAUCUGAGCAAACAACAGGGCGAGCUGGCGACGUACAUCAGCUGCAUCCUGGAGGAAGAGAAGAAAAGGUGGAAUAAAGGAGAGGAGCUGCCAAGAGAGGACGGCUGCUUCGUCAGUACUGUGGCCUAUGACAUCAUUCAGUUUAUCAAUGGUAUGGUGACGUCAGCUGCAACAGUUGUGGGAGAUCUGCACAAGGCCCAGAACAUAACGUGCCAACUGAAAGAUUUAAUGCAGAGGUACAAGAGCUUCCACUUCGACAUCAUGAGGCAAAAAAAACCGAACAGCUCAGCGUUCAUCAAGGCGAACCUCGCCUGCAUCGAACAGUUCAGGGACGUCCUCGAUAACAAAAGAGAUCUGUUCACAGAGGACGUGCAGAAAAACUGUUUGCAUGUUCUGACUGAGAUGAAACAAUCUGCCCACACGUAUUUAUUAGAGCCUGUGCACAAAGUCCUCAAGCCGCAAUACAGAAAACUGGGUACCAACAACUGGCUGAGCAAGCCGCUGUUUGACAAGCUGCUGGUCAGCAUCGAGAAAGAGCUUCAGGAUCUUCAGGGUUCCAGUCAAUCUUCUCACCAGAAGCUGGUUGGCCAGCUGCACCUGGAAGUGACAGCAGAAUAUGUGAAGAGGCUCCUGAAAGGACAAAUCAAACUGAGAGACCGGGAGCAGCAGGAGAAGGCUUACACCACCGUGAAGGACAACGCAGAGAGUCUGCAUGAUUUAUUCGGCAAAAUGGGAUCAGAGGAGGACUGGUUAAAGGAAAUCCUGACCAUGAUCGCAGAUGUGCUGAAACUCCAAGGCCUCCCCGCCAUACAGAUGCAAGUAGCCUCUCUGGGAACUGCUUAUCCCGACCUCAGUGAGAAACAUGUUUCGGCUCUCCUCAAACUCAAGACCAACCUCACAAAAGACGACAGGAAAACCGUCAAAGACAUUCUUUCGGACACUUUAAAGGAACCAGGAAGAGGCGAGCUUCCACGACAGUUUUUCUCCAAAGUUCAAGUGAAAUGAGCCGUAAAAUCCGGGAAAGGAGAUUGAG